CGAAGAGCUUUACUGCUUGGUGAAUGAACGGGGUGGUUUAUUUUUCAAUUCAAACAGUGAAGUUGAGUAAUUGAGUGACACUGCAACUCAAUUUGCAAUUGCGCUACUAAUUGCUCAGAACAGAACCGGAUUAAACACAACAAAAAACAACGAACGCUUCCAAUCGCUAGCAACUGAGAAAGCUACGGCAAGUGCAUGCAACAGAUAUAUCCCAUUGUGUGCCACAAAAGGGCCAUGUCGGCGUGUCGGCAGGAAAGAAAGAAAGCGCGCCGAAGUAGUGGCCGCUGUGAAUGGCGGGCAAAACGUAUUACCAAAACAGCCAUCCGUUCUUCCGGUGCUUCUGCCAUCGUAAUCGUCGCGCAUGGCAGGACCAAGCCGCGAUUCAUGCUUUCUUUCUCCAUCGUCGCGGCCGCGGGCACUCACUCUUUCGCUACCUGUCAGGCUGGCUGGCAGGGUGGCCUGUGUGCCGGUGUGCUUUAGUGCGUGUCUUAUUGGGACGGUCCUGUUUUGUGGAAAGCAGGAAACAAAACAAAACAAAAUAAAAACAAAAACAACCAUCUCGCUAUCCGAGGCCCAGGUGACUGCAACUCGUUUGUAUCGUUUGUUCGUUCUGUGGCGCAGUUUAGUGCAAGUAAAAUCAAGCGAGAGAAAGGAAGGAAGAGAGUGCGAGAGAGCCAGGUGUGCAAUUUCUAAUGCGUAAGGGGUGACUGCCGAGCCCAGGACUGGCAGCUGUUGUUAGGCCUGUUGCCGAAUUGGAAUAAGGGGAGAAAAAAAGAGAAAAACCAACCGAAAGCCUUGAUCCGCGAAGGCCCUGCUUUUUCUUAUUGUUGGUGCUAGUCUGUGUAUCUGAAGAAUGGCACUGGACCGGGAGGAACUGAGCCAGCAGCAACUGGCACCCCGUAUGGUGCCCCUGCGGCCGCCACCACUCACCGAAUCACCGAAGCCCCGGUUACUGUCCUCGCUCUACCACUUUCUCGUGAUAGUCAGCUUCUUUCUGAUCGGGUUCGCGGCCUUCCGCAACACGCUGACCUGGCACCUGCAGCGGUUCUGGGGUGCAUCCGGGGACUUUUGGCAGUCGCAGUGGGACCGCUUCAUCGACUUCACCGGUGACGAUCCGGCCCGGCUCUGGGUACACACGACCACCCUGUACACGAUGGGUGUGUACUGGUGUGUCGGUGGUAUCUACACACUGUUCGACCUAACCGGCUGGCCGGCCACGAUCCGCCGCUACAAAAUGCAACCGGGCACGAACGAACCGAUCGACCGGGGCCGGCUACUGCGUGUCAUCGGGACGGUACUGCUCAACCAAACGGCCGUCGGUGUCCCGCUGGCGUACUGCAUGUACCGGGCGAUGUGUGUCCGAGGGUUGCGGGAACUCCGCGAACUACCCACCUUCCACUGGGUGCUGGCCGAGCUGUCGUUCUGUAUUUUUGUCGAGGAGAUUGGGUUCUACUACGCCCACCGGUUGCUGCACCACCGGUGCCUCUACCGGUACAUCCACAAGCGGCACCACGAGUGGACGGCCCCGAUCGCCAUCACCGCCAUCUACUGCCACCCGGUCGAGCACGUGUUCAGCAACCUGGUGCCACCGUUCGUCGGUAUCUUUCUGCUCGGCAGCCAUGUUGCCGUCGCCUGGCUCUGGUUUACGCUCGUUAUCCUUUCGACGCUCAACGCUCACUCCGGGUACCAUUUGCCGUUCUUUCCGAGUCCGGAAGCGCACGAUUUUCAUCAUCUCAAGUUCAACCAGUGCUACGGGGUGCUCGGGGUGCUGGAUCGGAUACACGGUACGGAUGCGCUGUUCCGCAGCACCAAGGCCUACGCCCGCCACAGCAUGAUGCUGAGCUUUAUGCCGGCCCGCGAAGCGUUCCCGGAGUCGGCCAAGAAGGUGGCCCUUUGAAUUCCCCCUUGUCUUGCCUUGCCUUUUUCUUGUGUGAUCACACACACACCAAAACCACACGCCACUCAGCACACGGCACAGUGAACACGGUUAGCACCUUACCACAGCUGUCCCACCUCUCCUCCGAAGCGCCGGAUGUUGGUGCACCCGUGGCACGACGUUUGGAGCACUAGAAUUGUGACA